AUGCUGCGCCUGCAGGAGACACCCGAGGACAUGCCUGAAGGGGAGACUCCACAUACUGUUUCCGUGUUCCUGUUCGACUCGCUCGUGGACACUGCGAAGCCAGGCGACCGAGUAGAGGUGACGGGGGUGUUUCGAGCCGUGCCCGUGCGAGUCAACUCCAACCAGCGCAACCUGCGCUCGCUGUACCGGACCUAUCUGGAUUGCAUUCACAUCUGCAAGGAGGAAGGGGGCCGCACACGCAACAAGGGAGCAGCGCAGCAGUCGCAGUCCCAACAAUCACUGGCUGGGGGCGAUGCUGAUGAUGCCAACCCUGACGCUGCCUACUUCUCACCACAGCAGGUGGAGGCAUUUCGGGAACUAUCCCGGCAGCCGGACAUAUACGAGAGGCUGGCUCGCUCCCUGGCACCGUCCAUCUAUGAACUCGAUGACAUCAAGAAGGGACUGCUGUGCCAGCUCUUUGGCGGGUCAGUGAAGCGCUUGUCAUCAGGAGUGCAGUUCCGCGGGGACAUGAACGUGCUGCUGGUGGGGGAUCCAGGCACAAGCAAGUCGCAGCUGCUGCAGUAUGUGCAUAAGAUCGCACCCAGAGGCAUCUACACCAGUGGCCGGGGCAGCAGUGCCGUGGGCCUUACAGCUUAUGUGACAAAAGACCCUGAAACACGCGAAAUGGUGCUGGAGAGCGGAGCAUUGGUGCUGAGCGACCGAGGCAUCUGCUGCAUCGACGAGUUUGACAAGAUGUCUGACAAUGCUCGCAGCAUGCUGCAUGAGGUGAUGGAGCAGCAGACCGUGUCAGUGGCAAAAGCAGGCAUCAUUGCAACACUCAACGCACGCACCUCCGUGCUCGCCUGUGCCAACCCCUCUGGCUCGCGCUACAACCCGCGCCUUUCCGUGAUUGAUAACAUCCAGCUGCCCCCCACCCUGCUCUCCAGGUUCGAUCUCAUCUAUCUCGUUCUCGACAAGGCCGAGGAGCAAUCGGACCGGCGGUUGGCCCGCCAUCUCGUCGCACUGCACUACAAGAACCCAGAGGCCGCUGCUGCAGCCACUGUCGAUGUGGCCACACUGACUUCAUACAUCACGUAUGCCCGCACGCGCAUCCACCCGGAACUGAGCGACGAGGCAGCAGAGGAGCUGGUGAACGCUUACGUGGAGCUGCGAGGGCAGGGGUCGGGGAGAAAGGUCAUCACUGCAACGCCACGUCAGCUGGAGAGCCUGAUCCGCAUCAGCGAAGCGCUGGCCCGCCUGAAGCUGGCAUUCACGGUGACCCAUGAAGAUGUGACAGAGGCAAGGCGCCUUCUAGACGUGGCAAUGCAGCAGUCAGCCACGGAUCCAACCACAGGCACCAUCGACAUGGAUCUUAUCACCACUGGCGUCUCUGCCAGUGAGAGGGCCAAGCGCACUCAGCUGCAGGAGGCGCUGCUCUCCUUCCUGCAGGACAGAAGUUCCUCCUCCCGCUCCUCCUUCCGAGCACCCCAGGUGUGGGAGGACCUAAGGCAGCAAUCAUCCAUACCUGUCACCCUCUUCGAGGUUCGUGAGGCUCUGGGACGGCUCCAUGGGGAAGGCAAGGUGGUGUUCAUUGAUGACACUGUUCGAGUGGCAUGA